CACGCGGGCGGAGGGGCGGCGCGUGGGGCACGCGGACCGAGACCGCCGGUUGCGCACAGGAGCUGGAGGAGGGGGCGCAUGUGGGCUCUCCGCUCGCUGCUGGGGCUGCGGUGCGCGGCCGGGCGCGCCAUGUCGCAGGGGCCGACUCGCCGGCCACGGCCGCCCAAGGACCCGCUGCGGCACCUGCGCACGCGGGAGAAGCGCGGCCCGUCGUGGGGGCCCGGGGGCCCGAACACCGUGUACCUGCAGGUGGUGGCGGCCGGCGGCCGGGAUGCAGGCGCUGCGCUCUACGUCUUCUCCGAGUUCAACCGGUAUCUCUUCAACUGCGGGGAAGGCAUCCAGCGACUGAUGCAGGAGCACAAGCUGAAGGUGUCUCGUUUGGACAACAUAUUCCUGACCCGAAUGCACUGGUCUAAUGUUGGAGGGCUGUGUGGAAUGAUUCUUACCUUAAAGGAAACCGGGGUUCCAAAGUGUGUGCUGUCUGGACCUCCACAACUGGAAAAGUACCUGGACGCUAUCAAAAUAUUUUCUGGUCCACUGAAAGGAAUAGACCUGGCCGUGCGACCCCACUCCGCGCCGGAAUACCAGGACGAGACCAUGACGGUCUUCCAGAUCCCCAUCCACAGCGAACAGGUGAACGGGGAGCACCAGCCAGCGCAGAGUCCAGGGAGGCUGAGUCCAGAGCCGUCUCCAGACGCGGGACCAGCGGAAGGGGAGCAGCACCUGGCGGCCGGUGCUGGCCAGAAAACGCACGGCAGGGACCCCUCCUUGGUCGUAGCUUUUGUCUGUAAGCUCCACAUGAAGAAGGGAAACUUCUUAGUACUCAAAGCGAAGGAGCUGGGCCUCCCAGUCGGAACAGCUGCCAUUGCGCCCAUCAUUGCUGCUGUCAAGGACGGGAAAAGCAUCACAUUCGAAGGAAGAGAGAUUCUGCCUGAAGAGAUCUGCACCGCCCCAGACCCCAGGAUCGCUUUCGUCGUGGUAGAAUGUCCAGACGAAGGAUUCAUUCAGCCCCUCUGUGAGAAUGCCACCUUCAGGAGUUUCCAAGGAAGAGCCGAAGCCCCCGUGGCCCUGGUGGUCCACAUGACCCCGGAGCAUGUGCUCCUGGACAGCAGAUACCAGCAGUGGAUGGGGAGGUUCGGGCCCGACACCCAGCACCUGGUCCUGAACGAGCACUGUGAGUCGGUCCACAACCUCCGCAGCCACAAGAUCCAGACGCAGCUCAGCCUCAUCCACCCCGGCAUCUUCCCCCCGCUCGCCAGCCUCCGCCCUCAGGAAGGAGGGCUUGCCCCCUGCGUGCCCCUGGUCCGCGGCCAGUGUCUCCUCAAGUACCAGCUCCGGCCCCGGCGCGAGUGGCAGAGGGAUGCCAUCGUAACUUGCGACCCUGAGGAAUUCAUUGCUGAGGCCCUGGAGCUGCCUAAUUUCCAGGAGAGCGUGCAGGAGUACAGGAAGACUGUGCAGGACGGCCCGGCCCCGGCGGAGAAGAGAGGCCAGUAUCCAGAAGUGGUCUUCCUCGGAACGGGGUCCGCGAUCCCUAUGAAGAUCCGGAAUGUCAGCUCCACUCUCAUCAACAUCAGCUCCGACGCGUCCCUGCUGCUGGACUGCGGGGAGGGCACCUUCGGGCAGCUGUGCCGCCACUACGGAGACGAAGUAGACCAGCUCCUGGGCACCCUCGCCGCCGUGUUCGUGUCCCACCUGCACGCGGACCACCACACGGGCUUGUUGAACAUCCUGCUGCAGAGGGAGCGGGCUCUGGUGUCGCUGGGGAAGCCGUGCCACCCUCUGCUCGUGGUGGCCCCCACCCAGCUCCGGGCCUGGCUCCAGCAGUACCACACCCAGUGCCAGCCGCUGCUGCACCACGUCAGUAUUAUUCCUGCCAAAUGCCUUCAGAAAGGAGCUGAGGUCUCCAACCCCACAGUGGAAAGGUUGAUUAGUUUGCUGCUGGAAACCUGUGGCUUGGAGGAGUUUCAGACCUGCCUGGUCCGGCACUGCAAGCACGCCUUCGGCUGCGCGCUGGUGCACACGUCCGGCUGGAAGGUGGUCUACUCGGGGGACACCAUGCCCUGCGAGGCUCUGGUCCAGAUGGGGAAGGACGCCACCCUCCUGAUCCACGAGGCCACCUUGGAAGAUGGUCUGGAAGAGGAAGCCGUGGAAAAGACACACAGCACCACCUCCCAGGCCAUCGGCGUGGGGAUGCGCAUGAACGCAGGGUUCGUCAUGCUGAACCACUUCAGCCAGCGCUACGCCAAGAUCCCGCUCUUCAGCCCUGACUUCAAUGAGAAAGUCGGCAUCGCCUUCGACCACAUGAAGGUCAGCCUGGGGGACCUCCCGACGGUGCCCAAGCUGAUGGCGCCACUGAAGGCCCUGUUCGCCGGGGACCUGGAGGAGAUGGAGGAGCGCAGGGAGCGGCGGGAGCUGCGGCAGGUGCGGGCGGCCCUGCUCGCCGGGGAGGAUGCAGAGCCCCUGCGGAAGCGGGCCCCCGCCGAGCAGCCCUCCAGCCCGCAGAGCAAGAAGGUCAGGGCCCAGUAGCGACGUGGGGCCUGCGCAGCCGCUGCGCGGUGGAGGAGGCCGACGUCGUCUCCAUGCACGCCGCGUCUUCAGUCUGUCAGGCGGAGUCGGGGCGCACCCCCCCCCCCCCCCCCGCUGCGGCCCAGCCAUCCCCUCUGUACCCAGAGGCAGCGGGGCCCCAGGAGCGCGUGGCUGUGGACGCAAAGCCUCCAGGAAAAGCGUCUCCAAGAACGGAACACAGUGAAGGUCGCGUUUGGAACCUGAGUGCUUUGUCCCUGUGCCGCCGCUGGGGACCCAGGGUGCUCGGAAACAGCAUGAUCGUGGCGGGGACCUGUCCCCAGGGAGCCACCACGCCUCAGCAGCCUGGUGUUUUGGCAGAAGUUGUGCAGACCCACAGCCAGGGUAGGCCAGGCCCGGCUACGCAGGGGCUCCGGGGAAACGCAAGCCUUCCCGUUGUUCCGGCGAAAGAGGAGCCCUGUUGCUUUCUUGCCCCGUGACAAGAGCCACUCACCGCCCUACAGAGUGCUGAGAAAUACCGCGUCAGGUGGCUCCGGUGCCCGCCUUUUGAGGAUGAACAACACUGAGGUUAGUGUUUGUUUGAAAAGUGAAUUUUCAAAGAAAGAUGCCUCUAGUAUUUGCAUAUUCUUCCAGGAGACUAGAGAAGGAGCUUUAAAGUUUCAGGUGCUGGGAGACGCAGACCAAGGACUGGACUUGCCUUGCCGUGACCUCGGGGUCCCUCCCGAGGCAGCACCUGGCAUCACCUCCCGUGGCCCCUUGAGCUUGUUAUUAAAACAAGAUAGGCCACACUCAGGGAUAAUAAAUCUAUUUUAAUAACAUUA